AUGAAUAACAAAUGGCUAAGUAUUGCCAUUUUUAUGGCAUUAUAUAUUAACCUUUCCCGGGGUUAUUCAGCAUUGGAGGAUGCUCGUAUUAUUGCCGAAUAUAAAAAGGGUUUAUCCGUGAAAGGCAUCCGGUCGAAACCAAACGAAUUAAAUCACGCCGAAAUUGCUCGAAAACUGGUUCAUCAAACAAAUUGGGCUUCGGUUGCUACAAUAUCACAAGAUCCAGCAAUAAAAGGUUUUCCCAUGGUUAAUAUCAUUUCGAUUAAUGAUAACGAUGUACAUCAAAAGUCAACGGGACGCAUACAAUUUCUAUUAACUGAUUUGGAUUUUACUGGUAUUGAUAGGCAAGUGAAUAAUAGAUCAACAUUCCUAUUUACCGAUGAGCAAAGACUACACUGUUCACAACCAAGUGGUUAUCAUGUACCAUCAAUUGAUCCUAUGGAGCCGACAUGUGCCCGGGUGAUGAUAAGUGGACAAAUUAAAAAGUUGGACAAAAAUAGCCGAGACUAUGACCCAGCACUGGUGUCAUUUGUUGAACGUCAUCCAGCAGCUAAAAAUUGGAUAAAAGCCCACGAAUUCUAUUUAUGUGAAUUGGAAAUUGAAAAUAUUUACGUAUUGGAUUUCUAUGGUGGUCCUCAUAAUGUCAAACCCGAUGAUUAUUACAAUAUUAAAUUGGAGUAA